AAAUGGAGGAUUUGUGUUUGUCAAGGUAGUUUUGUUUACGCGUAAAUUUUCUUUCGGUAUCAACUCAUCGUGCGUUUUGUGUGUGCUAAGAGGUAGAUGAAGGUGCGUAACAGUUUGCUUCGGGUUUCGUAUUAAAUUUAAAAGGAUUUAAGAUGUCCCGCAACCCACGGCGUACUCACACUUUCAUGUCCACGGAGGAUGCAAACUCUGGGAAGAAAUCUUAUUGGCCGGAGUUGGAGAUAACAGGCAGUAUAAGAAAUUUGAGUCCAAACUUGUGGCAACUGACACAUUUGACUGCUUUGUAUCUCAAUGAUAAUAGUUUACAAAGGAUACCACCUGAGAUUGGACGUUUAGUCAAUUUACGUGCUUUAGAUCUCAGUAGUAAUAAAUUACGCAGUUUACCAGCUGAACUGGGGGAUCUCAUCUACCUCAGAGAAUUGUUAUUGAACCAAAAUUAUCUUCGAGUGUUACCAUAUGAACUAGGAAAAUUGUUCCAAUUACAAGUGCUUGGACUUCAGGGCAAUCCUCUCAGCAAAGAAGUAAUGGCACUGUAUGGAGAACCAUCUGGGACUCAUAAGCUGCUUUCAUAUAUGCUGGAUAAUUUACAAGGUAUAUAA